AUGGCUACUAUGACAAUGACCGCCCCGCCGCCACCCAAAUCUAAGAAGAAUUCUAAGCUGCCACCGGAAAAUGAACGGUAUAUGAGGGCAUGCUCUGAUAUAGCGAACGCUCUGAUCCAGGAGUAUGAAUCGCAAAAGGACCCGACGCAGCCCAAGAGGGACAUCAACCUCAACAAGUUACGGGGUCAAAUGGCAAAAAAGCAUAGCUUGGCCAGCCAGCCGCCUCUGACGGCCAUCAUCUCCGCCGUCCCUGAGCACUAUAAGAAAUACAUUCUGCCAAAGUUGAUUGCGAAGCCGAUCAGAACGUCAUCUGGUAUCGCCGUUGUUGCUGUGAUGAGCAAACCCCACCGUUGCCCUCAUAUCGCCUACACCGGAAAUAUUUGUGUCUACUGCCCCGGCGGUCCCGAUUCCGACUUCGAAUAUUCGACGCAAUCCUAUACCGGUUAUGAGCCUACAUCAAUGCGAGCAAUCCGCGCGCGAUACGAUCCGUUCGAGCAGGCGAGAGGAAGAGUGGAUCAGAUCAAGUCUCUUGGCCACAGUGUCGACAAGGUCGAAUACAUUAUCAUGGGAGGGACGUUCAUGUCUUUACCCGCAGAAUAUCGAGAUACCUUUGUCGCUCAACUUCACAAUGCGCUCAGUGGUUAUCAGACGGACAAUGUUGACGAGGCAGUCCAGGCGGGAGAAAUGAGUAACAUAAAGUGCGUUGGAAUCACCAUUGAAACUCGUCCGGACUAUUGCCUGGACACGCAUUUGAGUAGCAUGCUUCGCUACGGAUGCACGAGACUCGAGAUUGGAGUUCAAAGUCUGUACGAGGACGUUGCGAGAGAUACGAACCGCGGCCACACGGUCGCAGCAGUUGCGGAAACUUUCAAGCUUGCGAAAGAUGCCGGAUUUAAGGUGGUCAGUCAUAUGAUGCCUGAUUUGCCUAAUGUCGGCAUGGAGCGCGAUCUUUUCCAGUUUGAAGAAUAUUUCGAGAACCCGGCUUUCCGGACUGAUGGCUUGAAGAUUUACCCCACACUUGUCAUCCGCGGUACCGGUUUGUACGAGCUCUGGAGAACAGGUCGUUACAAGAACUAUACCCCUAAUGCGCUAGUCGACCUUGUUGCCCGUAUCCUUGCACUCGUCCCACCUUGGACCCGUAUCUACCGCGUUCAGCGAGAUAUCCCCAUGCCGCUGGUUACGUCGGGUGUCGAGAAUGGAAAUUUGCGGGAGCUGGCUCUAGCGCGCAUGAAAGAUUUCGGCACAACAUGUCGAGACGUUCGUACUCGUGAGGUCGGUAUCAAUGAGGUCAAGAACAAGAUUCGCCCGUCUCAAAUUGAGCUUAUUCGUCGUGACUAUACGGCCAACGGGGGCUGGGAGACGUUCCUCGCCUACGAAGAUCCGAAGCAGGACAUCCUGAUUGGUCUUUUGCGUCUGCGCAAAUGCAGUCCUACGCACACAUUCCGUCCCGAAUUUACGGGGCAGCAAACCAGUAUCAUCCGUGAACUUCACGUGUACGGCUCUGCAGUUCCGCUCCAUGGACGUGACCCGCGCAAAUUUCAACAUCGGGGUUUCGGAACCUUGUUGAUGGAGGAGGCCGAGCGAAUCGCCCGAGAGGAGCACGGCAGUACAAAGAUCAGCGUUAUUUCGGGCGUUGGAGUUCGCAGUUACUACGCUCGUCUUGGAUAUACAUUGGAUGGUCCCUACAUGUCUAAAAUGUUGGAGCCGUUUGAAGGGGAGGAACUCUGA